GAAAAAUCAGUCAUACCCGUGUUAUUAGGCGACUCCAUUCCUCAACCGGAUCGUUCUGAAGAGGAAUAUGAAAAAUAUUGUUGUGCUAUGAUGAUACUCUUCAAAUCAUGGCAUGAUUUAUCAGUGUUAAAAGGCACAUACAGUUCUUGGAGCAAGGCAUUUGACAACGAGACAUUUACGCCUGAGUUCUUAAAUCUGAUUCACAAUAUGAAUAUUGAAAAUGAGUGUAAGGAUGCUCAAGAUGUGCAUGCUGCCGCAGUCAGAGAAGAAAAAGCUAAACCACAUAUCUUUGGCACUCAGGCUACUGAGCAUAGUGAU